UAAGCCUAUUGAAAAUAAGUUAAAUACUUCUGUUGCUCAAUUACUGAUACUUAUGAAAUACUGCUAAGAACUAAUCUACCAUAUCUAAUCUAAAAUAUCAAACAGUACACUCUUAUUAAAUAUUACAAUUACAGUUAAUGUAAAUGUCUUCAAUAGGAUAGAGUUAAUUGAAGGUAGCAGUCAGUAUGAGUUUAAAAGACAGUGACUUGCCUAAAGAAUUACUCACAACAACUUGCUCACAGGAAUUUAGUCUCACAGAUGAGAAACCUCAUUCUUUUAGUGUAUGUAGCAGGAAUUAUUCACAGAAGGAACAUCUAACUGCCCACAAACGCAUUCAUACCGGGGAAAAACCAUAUUCUUGUAGUAUAUGUAAUAAGAGUUUUUCAAAUAAGCGUUUACUAUCUUUGCACAGUCGCAUUCAUACUGGUGAGAAACCUUAUUCUUGUGGUGUAUGUAAUAAGAGUUUUUCAAUUAGGUGUAAUCUAACUACACACAGCCGCACUCAUACCGGAGAGAAACCUUAUUCAUGUAGUGUUUGUAAUAAGAGUUUUUCACAAAAGAGUAAUCUAACUGCACACCAACACA